AUAGGUACUACGAUCGGGACAAGGACAAUGUAUUAAAAGUAGAAGAAUUUAAGAAUCUAAUACUCGACUUGAGAAAAUCGAAAAAAUUGGCAGUUGAUCCUCAAAGUGUAACUAAGGAAACCCAGGAUACUUACAAGUCUUUAGGACUGCAAGAAAGUCAAGGAUUAGCCAUGAACGAUUUUUUGAGAGCGGUGUGCGACUUGAAAAUUAGGGGAACAUCCCAUAUUUUCAGAUCUAACGUCAGUAUUUCGAUUUAUUUGAAAGAUGUAAAUGAAAGAAGUCCGAGCAUUAUAGGCACCUGUUACAAAGGCAAGUCCAGUUUAUGGAGCCCCAAUUGAAAAUCCAAGAGGAAAAAUGACAAUAAAAAAUCCCGAUUAUGAAAUUGCACUUCAUACAGUAAAAAUACAAAGAAGCGGUCAAGCAAUUAACAUCGAAGAGAUGAAAGAAAUUCAAGAAGCUGUAUCUGCCACAACUAUAAAGCAACCGAUGAACGAACAAACCAAACGGCUAUCUAUGGAUAUAUUCAGCCAACGUUCCGUCACCAAUGAAGUACUUAAAGGUCUUAGAUACCUCACCACUAUCAAUAACGUUAAAGACAGCAAAACUUCUUACACCUGGGGCCAGUUAGAUCCAAAUAUAUUCGCCAGAAAUCUGAUCCAAGUGUGCAAUCAAGUAAGGAGAUCAUGCGCAACGAAGCCAGGCUAUUGGAGUUGA